AUGAUGUUGCAUCGAAGCUUCGCAUUGCGAUGUGCAUUUCGGCCGGUUGUGAUCGUAAGGUAUUGUCCGUACAGUACAUCAAAUGGUCAAAAUGAGAAGAUCAAAACAAGAACAAUGGAUGCCAACUCACUGAAGAAGUCAUUGGAACCUUACAUUUCACCCAUCCAGGCGAAGUGGAAUGAAUCAAGUGAAGGGAUCAAAAACUACUCUAAGAGCUUCAAAAAGCACGUCGAUAAGGCGAGAUUAGCCAUUCAAGAAGCAAACAGAAAACUGGCAGCCGCAGAACAGGCAGAGAAGGACAAGCGACUUGGAUUCGAUACAGAUAUGGAGACCAAGGGCAGAAUAGAGGGACUUCCUUCUGAGCGCGAACGCUCUAGGACCCAAUGGGCGAAACGACUGGAAUUCUAUUUUGAUUCUCUCCAAGAAACCAUAUUCACAGCAACGAGAGCUUUGAAUGACGUUACGGGCUACUCAAGCAUCCAAAAAUUGCGUAAAAGCAUUGAUGUCAUGGAAAAACAGUUAGGGGACACGAAGGAUGAGGUGAAAAACGCGAAGGUCGCCUAUAAUUCUGCCAUCGAUGUUCGAGCACAAUCUCAAGGCGAAGUGAAUGAGCUUCUGCAACGGAAAAAUUCUUGGACGCCUCGGGAUCUAGAGCGGUUCACGCUCUUGUACAAAGACGACAGUGUCAAUCUCAAGCGCGAAACAGACGCAAAGAUCCAUUUGGAGCAUGUGGAGAACCUAGAAGAAGAAAUAUCGGAAAAUCUGUACAGGGCAAUCCUGACUCGGUACCAUGAAGAGCAGAUCUGGUCCGAUAAAAUCCGUCGAACUUCCACUUGGGGGACGUUCAUCUUGAUGGGAAUGAACAUUCUGCUCUUUCUAGUUUUCCAGCUUCUCCUCGAGCCUUGGAAACGACGCAGACUUGUGGGCAGCUUUGAAGACAAAGUCAGACUGGCUCUUGAAAAGCAGGCCGCAAUCCAAAGUACGCAGUUAUCAGAAAUGUCCAACCAUAUUUCCACCGGCUUUGAAAGAACAUCCCAGCAAAACGACACAGGUAUACCAGAGACUGUAUCUGCGCCACUUGCACCAACGAAAGAUGAACCUCUUCUCACAGUUCCUCUGGCAACCGCAGGUCUAUGGUCAAAGGCCUCCUCUACUAUCGCACUAUACCUACAAACCCUGUCAUCGUGGUCCAAAAGUUUCGCCAAGAAGAUUUAUGCGCUCCCACGCAACAACUUAAACUCUACCAUCACGCUGACGAAUGCUGAGAUUUAUACAUUAAGCUUAUUGUUCAGCUUUGCCGGCUUUACGGUUUCCAUGCUACUGUGA